CGCACUAAUGGCGGAGUACGCAUGCGCAGUGCAGCCUUUACCGGAGCCCUAAUGGCGGAGAACGUACGGUCGCCUUUCGACUAUCGGGAGCCACCGACUCUCGACAGCGAUGGAGACGGUGGCAAGCCUCCGCCACCCCGGGGGCGAGUGUGUGGCCGAAAGAGAAAGGGCACUCCUGUGAAGGUGUGCGAUCGUGCAUAUGUAACGGAGGAUGAAGAGGAAAGUUUGUCUGAGCACAGUUACAGCCCAGGAGAGGGGCAAUACCCAGACGAAGCAGAGGACCGACUUCCCCCUCCGAACAGUCCGUACUAUCUUGCUGAUCCGUCACAGCUUUGUGUAUCGGAGCUAGGCGAAGAAGGUGCCAGUGGUGUUCGAGGCCCUGUGCUUUUUCCCCCUCUACCGCCUAACUGCAGAAUCAGAGAAGUGCAUUGUGGCAGCCAGGUACGACUGGUCGUCAUAGCGAUCAGAGAUAUUGCUAAAGGCGAGGAAAUAACAGUGGACUACAACUUGGCUGAGUGGGGAGAAAAUGCAUUGGCUUUCCAUCGCUCUGUAUCACCACGUGGAUUUGAAUGCGCCUUUAAUCCUGACAGCAAUAUUAAGAAGGAAGAAGAGGCAGCUCCCUCUCUCCCUCUAUCUCUCACAGUAUCAGACUACCUCACACCUUCCUGGUCUCUUUCUCCUUCAUCAUCGCCGCUGUCUCGCUCCGAAGCCAGUGAUUCAGACCGAGAGGAGGAUGAAGAAGAAGAGGAAGAUGAGGAAGAGGACGAUGAAGAGGACGAGGACCUUGAAGAGCUGAGGGGCCGCAUGAUGCGUCGGCGCAAGAAGCGGAAAACAACGAAUAGCGUGGCUAAAAAAAAGUCUCAACCCGGCUCUCUUUCCUUCCCGCCAUCCUCCUCACCUUUUCAGACACCUUUAGCCCCGCCCACCACAAAUAUAAACAAUAACAUAAACAUAAACAUUGGCCGCACUGCAAGCAGGAAGCAGCACUGUCCUCACUGCGGCCGCCAUUUCCGCUCUCUUGCUCGGCACCUUGAAAAGCACCACGAUCAGCAACCGGAAAUCCGGAACGCCAUGGAACUGUCACACGGCCCGCGACCCUCAAACUCACCGUCCUCACCACACACACGCUCACAGUCAUUCACCACACCACAGCCCACUGCUUCUUCGUCCUCCACUUCAACCACCCCCAACCUCUUCUCUCGUGACACGUCUGGUCCCGGUUCAGCAGCCAUGUCAUUCUCUCUCUCCCUUUCUCCUCCGUCACGCCGGCCUUCCUCCAAAAAGAGCCCUGCCCCCACUACCACCACAACCAGAAAGAACGCAGCUCCUACAGCAGCAGCAACUGUGAAAAAGUCCUGUAGUCCACCAGCCAAAAGGGGCAGACGGUCGAAGAAGGAGAAAGAAGAGAAGCAAAAGAAGCAGGAGGAGAUGGAACGAGCGAAAGAGGAAGCUCCACCCACUCCAGGCCGAAACGUAGAGGAGGAAAAGGAGGAGAUAGAAGAUGAGGAGCUGGAUCUGACUGAAAUGAGGGAUGAUGACAGUGGAGAAGAGAAGAAUGGUGCAAGCUCUCACCGUUCCCACGUGUCUCCCCUCCUGUCCUCUCUCUCCACCUUGGUUUUGUAUCUCCGACGUCAGCAGCACACGUCUUUCCUCUCCCUCUCACGUUCAAGCAGCUCGGCAGAGGCCUGGCGACUGCUAUGCCACUCCAGCCUGGCGCUGCUCAUCCUCUACAACCGCCAUCGCGAGUGUGAGAUGGCAAAGCUGACCAUAAAUGACUACCGCAGCCGCAUUACUCCUUCCCCUAACUCCAGCUCUCCUCUCGAAGCGUCUUUGUCCCCUUUCGAGCGGCAAGUUUUGUGCCACCGGCCCCGUGUGGGCGUUUUAGGAAAGCGCGGUCGGAUCCAGUCGCUAAUCCUACCACCUCACUCUGAAUCCUGCCUCGAUUUGCUUAUGAAAACAUCCACGGAUGUGAACGUUGAUCCUGAAAGCCCUUACGUGUUUUCUCGGCCGUUUCAUUCUCCAGCCACCCCUUUGCGUGGCACGGACCUCCUGCGUGGAUUAGCGCGUGCCAGCGGAGCUAAAAACCCUACAGCAUUGACAUCACCACGCACCCGUAGGCAAGUUGCCAUCCUCACCCAGCUCCUGCUGAUGGAUGAAGGAGAGAAGGAGAGGCUUGAGCACUUCCUGCACAACGAGUAUCACGUCACCCAGAGCUGUGCCCGGAUUGGACAGGACCCGGCGCUGAUGGGCAGAGUGGGCCGUGUCGUGCUGUAUGGGGAGAGGGAUGGAGUGUUGUUCAGAGGAAUGAGCCUCAAACACAUCUGCCUCGAGCUGGACGUAAUGUCUGGGAAUUCAGCGGAUUCGUUCUCGGAGGAGUCAGACGGAGAGGGAGAGAAAAGUAAUGAGAAACCGCAGGUGGGAAAGGCAGCAGGAGUGAACGGGCGAGGGCCACCUAAAAACAGUGCCAGUCCCGUCCCUUCACCCACUACACCCGCCCCCUCAGGUUCUCGCAAGAGGCGGUGUGCACAAAUAAAAUCAGGCAAACGUGGUGUACUGAAGAGGCCGUGGUCAGAAGCAGAGCGGGUCGCUGUGGAAACGCACCUGAAGCGGAACAUCGUGGAGCUGCGGGUCCCAGCGAAGGCAGACUGCGAGCGAUGUUUGCAGCACUGCCCCCUACUGGUGAGCAACCAGCGUGACUGGCGAGCCAUUAAAUUCUACUGCCACAACCGGAUUCAACUACUGAAGAAACAGGGGCGCGGAGGAGGGGCUGUCUGUUAGCUCAACACGCAUGCGUGCACACACAUUCUCUCUCACACACACACACACACCUCACAAACCACACAAAUAAUGAGGGAGAGACUCUUACCCACACAUUCAGUGCUGGAACCAUGGUUUGAAAAGGUGACCAUACUUUUUUUUUUUUUUUGGAUUGCUGUGCAUCAGUGUUUCUAUUUGGACCCCCCUUCUCCUCACACACAUACACACACUCACUUAUACGUCCUUAUACAUUGUAAGUGACUGUAUACAAGCGUGUCUAUUGAAUACACACAUACAGACAGAGAAUGACACGCACACACUCUGGAAUGUUGGACUAAGUAGGUGACGACACACACACACGCACACUUGCCCGCACAAACACAAUACUUUUGUGUCCUUGUACAUUUCAGCAUUUCACCCCAAACAUACUCACAUCAAGAGUUAGUCAAUAUAAACUAUGAACUGACCUCUUAUGCUCGCCAUUGACCUGCACUGGGACCGAGGAGUGUGUUUAAAACACCUGACAAAGCAACUCAAAACACAUCACAUAUGGACCGCAGCAAAGGAUGUAAUUAUUCCUCUAGGAACUCUUUAUUUUUUUUUUUAAUACACGAUGAUGCUAACCUUGUAUGUCUGGUCUAGUCUCGCUAUUGGACUGAUUAUGAUAAACGUCUGUAUAAAGAUCUGACAUUUCUGUACCUGUCACUGGCAAACAGUUAUUUUGGGACCAUGUUAAGUUCAUGUUCCAGAGAAACUUUCACAGCAAAUCUACUACGCUAACGUGUUGAAUUGCAAUUAUGAAGGUGGUUCUCGGUUCCAGUCCCAUUGAGGUGACACACCAACACCAAGUGAUGACGACAUUGCAAAAUGCUGUUACGAUUUCAAGAAGUAUUAUUCCUCUAAAUGUGUAGUAAUGGUUUCCCAGUAAAACACCAGCUCCCCAGUCAGCUAGCUAUCCAUUUUAACUACUCCAAGGACAACAAUGAAGUGUAAAGCUAACCAGCAUAUAAAUAUAAUAAUUCAAUGUAAAUGAGUGAUACUAGCUAAACAACACCUUAUUUUUUAUUUUAUCCACUGUAUUUAUAAAGAUAAAUAUGUAGAAUUAAGUGUGUAAUAGUAUCUAGCUAGCAACUUAUUCAUUUUAGCAACUUAAAGGACAACCCCUCAGUGUACAAUUAGCCAGCUAAGAGAAAAAGCUCCAAACUGGAAUAUCUUUCUAAUCAUAGCUAUACUAUUGAUGGCUAACCCAUGACAAUGCUAGCCAUAUUGCUAUUUUACAAACCUUUUACUGCAUUAUUUUGUAAGUAGAAAAUCUUUUUUAUCUAACUAACACUUUUUUAUUAUUUAUUUUUUUAAUGCUAGCAAGCCAGUGUACUAUUUAUGGUAUUAAAUUCGCAGAGUGAUAAAAAUCCUGCGAGCUUCUUUUAACAUAUUUGCAUAUUUGAUAAACCAUAAACUUCAUGACAUACAAAGUUCUUAAAAUAUAGUAAGCAUGAUGGCUGUCUUUAUUAUCUAAAGGGAUAAUCGCUAACUACCAAGCUAGCCAGUGAUUUAUUUGUAGUCACUGCAAUAAUGCAACCCUACAAUUGAACUAAAAGAGAGAGAAAACAUGCUGUAAACGAUUUGUACUAAUGUUAAAAUUUUUAUUUAAACAGAAUACAUUUAAAUACACCACCAGGGACUGGAACUGAUUAUCAUGAAAUUAAAUUGAGUAAAUGCAUCAAGUUGCACUGAACCUGGUAUUUUCCCCCUUAAAGUCAGUGUACAUGUAAGUCUGUAUAAACAUGGACAGAAACCUUUUUAUUAUUAUUAUUAAUGAAGCUAGCCAAGGAUUUCCUGUUCUCUCCUUUUUACAAAUUUUUUUUUUAAGAUUUGCCUAUAGACAAAGAGGAGGUGAAAUCCAUGUAAAAUUGUCCCAUUUCUUUUAUUUCAUCCAAUAAUUAUCUUACAACAAUCUGAAUUUUUAAAUGUUUGUUUUUAUGGUUAUAUAUUCAGCAGUAUUUUAUAUAAGCUAAAAUCCCGGUGUGAUCAUGUUAAUCUUUUACCAACUUUACCUUCGUUUAUUUCAGGGGUUUUUUUUCCCUCCCUCUCCAAGUAUCACACAUACUUGAACCUUAUUUUUUCCAUUAGGUUUUAUAAAUAUUUUUUAAUGUUCACCCCCAACCUCUAUCCCCAGACCAUUGUCUGUAUGUUGAUUUAAAGUAUAAGAAACUCGUAUUGGCGUGAUAGCUAGCUUUGUGAAAGUGUACAGUCUGUAAAUAUCGACUUAUAUAAGUGCUUUCCGGGUUGUGUUUUCUUAAAUGGCAUUGUAAAGAUUUUAGAGGAAAAGCUGUUUAGACACACCGAUUAAUGUAUGUCCACUGCAAGAAAUAACACACCUUUAUUUGCA